AUGCACGGCCAAGAAUUACAACCGGUGUCCAAGAACUGGGUCGUCAUCAAGGGCAAUGAUGCCACGCAAAAUGGUUCAGUAGAUCUUGACCGAGCUGAUCUGAUCCGGUUGGGCAAGAAGCCAGUGUUGAGACGUAACUUCGGGUUCAUGUCGAUGCUGGGCUUCAGCUGCACCGUUCUUACCACCUGGGAAGCAAGCUUGAAUCUCUUUCAACUUGGCUUCGACAAUGGUGGCCCAGCUGGGCUCCUCUACGGAUUCAUCAUAGUAUGGGCGGGCACUGCUGCGGUGUUCGCUUCUCUCAGUGAGCUUGCUUCAAUGGCGCCUACCGCUGGAGGCCAGUAUCACUGGGUCUCCAUGCUCGCGCCACAUCAUUCACGAAAGUUCUUCAGCUACGUCACAGGCUGGCUCACAGCCUGGGGGUGGCAGGCUAAUGUCGCGUCAGUCUCGUACAUCUCCGGCACGCUCGUCCAAGGACUGAUAACCAUGACACAUCCCUCAUACGACCCUAAACCAUGGCACGCAGUACUGCUCUUCUGGGCCGCGGUUAGCUUCGCGGUUUUUGUAAAUACCGUUAUCGGCAGGCUGCUUCCGAGGGUCGAGGGUCUCAUCCUGGUGGUGCACAUUCUAGGCUUCUUUGCUGUCAUCCUUCCCCUGAUCUUCUUCGGCCGACAUCAGGACGCUUCCAAGGUGUUUGGUACUGCCUUUCCAUUUUUAGGGGCGGAUGGUGCCAUUCAUAUGUCUGAAGAGAUUCAUAACGCUGCUCUCGUGGUGCCACGCUCCAUCAUGGUCAGUAUCUUUAUAAACGGAGCCUUGGGAUUCGCCGUACUACUCGUCACGCUGUUCAGUCUGAACGAUGUCGAAAAAGCACUGAAGACAACAACGAAUUACCCCUACAUGCAAGUCUUUGUCGACUCCACAGGUUCCGUCGCUGGCGCCACCGCUAUGGCCGGCAUCGUUGACCCGCGCACCGCCCUUCCAAUCAGGUCCAUCCUUUUCACCAUGCUCAUCUCCAUCAUCCUCUCCCUCGUCGUCCUUGGCUCAUCUACCGCCUUCAACGACCUAGUCGGCGUCACUGUCGCCGGGCUCAACUCCUCGUAUCUCAUCGCAUCCGGCCUUCUCCUCUACCGACGCUGUACUGGCGGCAUAGUGCCGCGCCAUAUGAGCCUCGCUAGUGACGACUCUGAUGAUGCCAAAUUAGUAUAUGGACCGUGGUACAUUCCAGGCAUGUACGGUAUAGUGGUCAACGCGUUUGCCUGCGUGUACUUGAUCAUCCUCAUCUUUUUCUGCAUGUGGCCGUCAGAGCUGCCGGUCACGGCUGAGAGCAUGAACUACACUGCCCUUGUCACCGCGGCGGUAAUCGCGUUUAGCACAGGCUACUAUUAUUUCUGGGCUAGACGCAUCUACACGGGACCUGUUGUUGAGAUCAAUUAA